AUGGAGUUUUGUGAGCGGAAAAAGAGGGAAAGGGGACGUUUGGUGCCGACAACUCCUGGAGGAGGGGUAUCAUGUGAAGAUUAUGAAUUAGCCCUCGAAGCCUUACUACCACCUCCAAAAUUAGAGUGGCUGAAGAUAGAACACUACAGAGGCAACACUUUUCCCUCCACUUGGAUCACGUCAUUAACCAAGCUGAAGUCUUUAAUUCUUGGGAAUGUUUCCAAUUGUAAGAAUUUGCAUCCAUUGGGGAAACUGCCAUCCCUUGAAAGAUUAUAUAUACUUUCAAUGAACAAUGUGAAAAAAGUGGAUAAUGUGUUUUGGGGAAUGGAAAGUGGAACCUCUUCGUCAUCUUCAUCCUCUUAUUUCUUCCCCAAAUUGGAAAUACUUGAAUUUCGGUAUAUGUACCCAUGGAAGGAGUGGGACAACGACAAUGCAAAGAAGGGAGAAGAUAAGGAACAUAUUAAAUUCAUGCCUUGUCUCGCUGCCUUGCGAAUUUUUUCCUGCCCCAGUUUAAAGGCACUUCCAGACAGCCUUCUCCAGAGAACAACACUCAAAGAAUUGAUCAUUGAAUUCUGUGAUAUUCUACGUGAACGAUACAAAGAGGGAACAGCAGAGGACUGGCACAAGAUCUCUCACAUCCCUAAAAUCAGAAUAGAAGGAGGUAAUAUAGUCUUUGAUUUAUCCAUACUUCUUGUUACUCCUGAUUUCAGUGCUAGUAAUCAGGAUUUAAUGCAUUGCGGUCUACAACAGAGAAGAGCAAAAUGUGAGCAGCGGAAGAAGAGAAGAACAUUUGCAGUAAUGGCUUUCACUUUAUCAUCUAUUUGA